CGAUUGUUCACAAUUGGCGCAUGCGUGCUCCAAUUGGAGUGGGCUUUGCCCUUUCGGUCCGGACUGAUCGCGUUGUUCGGAAAUUGCCAACGUUGGGCGACGAAUGCCCAUACCAGCGUGUUGCCUGCUGUCUUGGUGCUGUGCAAGAUGGUUGCGUUGUGCUUCGCAAGCAGCACAUGUUAAUGUAGGUGCCGAUGUUCAAUGCUUGUGGGGCCGCUUUUGUGGCUGAAAGGGGGCUUCGCCUUAGAGGGCCUCCCAAUCGCACAAGGCCUUUUUUGGCGCGAGGUAUGAAUCGAAGGAUGCGCAACCGGACAUUUGAAUAGCCAUUGGCCCAGUAUGUAGUCUGCCCGUCUGGUAAGCCUACAAUGAAUGCGCUGGACAUCCAUUUGCCCAAAGGCUUUUCCAAGUCGACGCUGUAUGACGGCCUGCCUUGCGUUCUGGUUCCCCUGGGCCAGUCGGAGGAGGAGGUCACUAUGGACCCGGUUAAAGGGCCGAUGGUGAUGCUGCUGGACGGCAGCAUGACUCACAUGCAGCUGGUCCGCGGCAUUGCUGGGGGUGGCCAGAUCGCAGAGAAGCUUUGGCCGCAGAUGACCUCAACGGAGCAGACGUGCGCGCUGCAUGCCUGCGCUCGGAAGAACCGCUACAUCAGAGAAAGGCUGGAGGACGGUGGGCAACAGGAGAGUGGCUUGCGUGGCUUUCCGAAGUGAGCCGCCCUGGCUGGGACGGGCCAGAAAUUCUGAUUCUCAUGGUUUCAGGAGCAAGCGCCUGCAUAAAGCCACAGUG